AUGCGGAUCAGCAUCCAUCGAGCGACUGCGGCCGCCGUGGACCGCAUCGCGCCAUUGUUCGACGCCAAGGCCUUCCUCUCUGAUCGGUUGAGCAAGGACGAGUCGGUCCUGUACUUUGCAGUCGACGAUUCCACUGCAGAUGCGGUAGGGUUUGUGCAGCUGUUCCCUUCGUUUUCGUCCGUGACGACUGAGCGCUUGUGGAUAUUGAACGACCUAUAUGUGGCUCCCGCCGCCAGACGCCAAGGCGUGGCCAAACUGUUGAUGAACCAAGCGCGGGACUUUGCUCAAGCUGAUGGCGCCAAGGGACUGUCGCUGGAAACCGACCACGACAACUUUCACGGACAAGCGUUGUACGAGUCCCUGGGGUACGGCAAGAGCUCCGCGUAUCACUACUUUUUGAGCAUCCCGAAGAAGGCGCAUUGA